AUGGAGACUGUCGGCUGGAUACGCCGUAUGGCGGAGCAAGCCCGUGCUAAGGAGGCUCUAUACCGGGGCAUGGCUGCCCUCUUCGAGAGCAAUCUGAGGGACCUAGACGACCCGGAUCUCCAGGUUUCUACCCCGGAGCCCGCCGAAGGGGAGAGAGUACCCUCGCCGCCAGCCCCGCUGCGACGACUUAAACGGACUGCGGAUGCCACCGUCGAGUCGGAGGGGUCCCCGAAGGUGACGUUGCCAUCUAUGCCACCGGGACCUUUCGACCCUGAGCCCCCGAUGCUCUUCACGGAGGUGGAGGCCCAAGAACACCGGGCCCUUCAGCCUCCCAGUGGAUCGGGGCCGUUACACUCCGACCGUCGCCAACCCAGAGGCCGGGGACGAGGACGCGUCCCACCGGUCGAGAGUCCGCCAGAACGAGCGGAUCAGUGGACGCCGAUUCCGACGGCCUCGCCACCCUUCCUCCAGCUCCCUCCGCCGGAAGCCUUUCGUUUCCGGGAACACUCCUCGAGAGUACCGGGGAGUCCUCCCAUGCCUCCAUAUCGAGAGGCUGGUCCUCCACGGAACCCCCACAUCCCUCCUCCCGAUCCUAUGGAGUGCGCUCGCGCUCCCGUUCGGGUUCCGACUAGCACCAAUGAGUAUGAUACCAUUCGCCUACCUAAACUUGAAGUUCGUUUUGCCGCCAUCACUUCUAUUCUGUCUUUCUUAAAUUUCGCAAGUCCCGUCUGGACUUAA